GAUGCUGGUGGUUUAAUCGAGUGGAUUCCAAAUCUGCAAACGUAUCGAAGCAUUCUCGAGCCGUUAAUGCAUGAGAAAUGCACAACGGUGAUGAGCGAUAAGGAGUGGUUCACUAACUGGGUACCGCACGGCACUGACCAGCAAAAAUACGAACGCAUGAUCAAUGAGUACUUCCCCAGACAUCCGGUGGUCAUGGCCGACUGGUUUCGGUCAGUCGCUAUCCUAAAAGAAUAUUAUUCUGAUUUUGAGUAA